UCUUGGCCGAGCUCUCCCAGCUUAUUGCCAUGCAUGCACUGGCGAUGGACGAUUGAACGCAUGCCGUCCGGCCCCGAACCAACUGGAGGCCACCACCGCGCGGUUGCAUGCGUGCGCGUCUCCGGUCAGACGCCAGCCACAGCCGCGCGCGGCGCCACCGUGAGUGCGCGACGAGAUGAGGUUGCCGGGAAUGGCGCCGGGCGGCCACGGCGGGGUAGACGAUGACGUGCAGUCCUACCGGCCGCUGAAGGCGACGUCGGAGGGGGUGUGGCAGGGCGACAACCCGCUGCACUUCUCGCUGCCGCUCCUCAUCCUGCAGAUCUGCCUCGUGCACGCCGUCACCCGCGGCCUCGCCUUCGGCUUCCGCCGCUCCGCCAGCCGGGGGUCAUCGCCGAGAUCAUCGAAAUAGGCUAAACAAGGAAAAGAGUGAAAAAAGGAGAUAGAAUAAGUCAUCAGGAGGCGCCCCAGAGGAAACCGUGCAAAUAGACGGCAUUUCAUACAAGCGCAAGACCGCAAGCGCUCGUGUGGCAUGGAUUCUGAGGCUCCUCGUCCACCUGAACAAC